GUUGUCAAAUUGACAUUGACAGCUUGCUUUUAAGGUUAGGUUUGAUGCGAUAGUUUGUAAUUUGUUUAUUUUGCAUUAAAUAUCUUUCCGAAAACUAAUAAUACAAUGAGUCUACCGACAGACUUCGGACCGGAUUCAGGUGGACGAAUAAAGGGUCUUACAAUCAUCAAACCAAUAGUCUACGGUAACAUAGCAAGGUAUUUCGGCAAGAAGCGAGAAGAGGACGGGCAUACGCAUCAAUGGACGGUGUAUGUAAAGCCUUAUGCCAACGAAGACAUGUCGAAUUACAUCAAGAAAGUGAACUUUAAGUUGCACGAGAGUUACGCGAAUCCGAACCGGAUUGUGACGAAGCCGCCUUACGAGCUCACGGAGACCGGUUGGGGUGAGUUCGAGAUCGUCAUCAAGCUGCAUUUCCAUGAUCCAAAUGAGAGACCUGUAACCCUCUACCACAUCCUCAAGCUCUUCCAGUCACCAGCAUCCGAGGGUGCUCCCCCGACAGUCGGCCGGGCGCUUGUCAGCGAGUCCUAUGAAGAGAUCGUGUUUCAGGAGCCGACACAGCUGAUGCAGCACUUGCUGACCACAGUCAAACCUGUCACCAAUGGACCUUGGACUCAUGACACUAACUUUGAAGAAAAGAAAGAAAAAACUUUAGAAAAGAUCAUAGCAGCACAAACCAAGGUGCGCAGCGAGAUAGCCGAGCUGAAGGAAAAGUUGCAGCUAGCCAAGGAAACGGGAGCCAAGUUUAAGGAUGAAAUUGCCAAGCUGCAGAACAGUUCUUCCGGCUUGCUCUCCGUUAUAUAGGGAAUAGGGAUCAUACAUACGCAGAAAAUUAAAAAUUGUCUCUACUCUUUCCAACUGUUAACUCUUUGACUGCCAUAGAUGUCCACGUACGCGCAAGUUUACGGUUUAAUAUUAACCUUUGUGCAUUCCAAAAUUGGUGGCGCGUUUUUAGGGUUCCGUACCAAAAAGGCACAAAAGGAACCCUUAUGGUGUGACUGUCUAUCCGUCUGUCUGUCACAUUGUUAAAUAUCUCGAGAACUACUUAAGCUAUCGAUUAGAAAUUUGGAAUAAUCAUGAAUAAGGCUAACCCAGACGCAUUAAAAAUGUAUUUUUUUUUAUAAUAGGCGUCGCAUUAAAAGGGUUAUAGAGUCUAACGGAGGCCCCCAGGUCCUCAGACCACAUUUUUGGAGGCUAUUCCACGCUGCGUCGGUAUUUAACCAUUAUUUCAAAAAGAAUUAUAUGUAAUAAUAAAUUUAAGUAGGUAUAGUUA